GAUGGCUGAUCAGCUGUUGGCAGCUCAGUCUAGUCCUGUCCGGGUUCAGGUCUGGUUCUGGUUCUGGUUCUGUCUGACUCCUGCUUCUGUGCGGUUCCGGACCGGAAUGUAAGUUUCGGGUUUAAACUUUCGGUGGAUUCGCGGCUCCUUCCCGGAUACUGACCCGGUUUGACCCGCUUCGACCCGGUCGGCUCCACGUCGGUGUGUUCGGAGCCAGAGUCCCGGUAAAGAUGCGGGUUCUGGUUCUGCUGGCGGUCUGUGUGAACCUCCAGAGGUGCCGGGGUCUCCCCAGCAGGCUGCCCGCCCUCAGCGCCUCCUCUCCCGGCCAGCCGUCCCUCUCCGACCCGCUGCUGGACUACGACCGGCUGGACGAGGAGCUCGGCGGAGGGAACCGGACCGGAGCGGUGGAGCGCUGCGGGCCAUGUGAGCCGGACCUGUGCCCGGAGACCCGCGGCUGCCGGGCCGGUCUGGUCCCGGACCCCUGCGGCUGCUGCCUGGAGUGCGGGAACCUGGAGGGACAAGCCUGCGACCCGGGAGACCGGAGCCGGUUCUACGGGCUCUGCGGCUCCGGGCUGCGGUGUGAGGCGGAGCGGCGACCAGCUGGAGGAGCACCGGGACCGGAGGAGGAGGAGGAGGAGGAGGAGGAGGAGGAGUGGGUGUGUGUGUGUGAGGAGCAGCAGCCGGUCUGCGGGUCGGACGGAACCACCUACAUGAACAUGUGUCGGUUCCGGGAGGCCGCGUUCUCCAAACCGGAACUGGUGAGCAGAGAGAGGAGCCCCUGUAGGACAGUUCCGGUCAUCAAGGUUCCUCCUCAGAACCAGGUCAACGGGUCGGGCAGCAGUCUGGUGUUCCUCUGUGAGGUCUUUGCGUUUCCGAUGGCGCUGGUCGAGUGGAGGAAGGAGGGACGAGACGUCGUCCUGCCCGGAGACGACCCCCACAUCUCCGUCCAGUCGCGGGGCGGGCCUCUUAAAUUCGAGCUCUCCAGUUGGCUGCAGAUCGAGGGGGCGGAGCCUGGAGACUCAGGAACCUAUCGUUGCACAGCUCACAACAGCCUGGGAUCAGUCUCCGCCUCUGCCAUCUUGGGAGUCCUGGGAGCAGAGGAGCUGUCGUCCUACUUGGCCAACAGUGUGUCUGAGAUGAAGCAGCUGAUGGAGGCCACAGACUACGACCAGGACUUUUACUGAUGCUCAGUUGACAUCACUACCUCUGUCCAGCGGUCAGGUGACAUAAUUUCCUCUGUCCAGCGGUCAGAUGACAUCAUUUCCUCUGUCCAGCGGUCAGGUGACAUCACUUCCUCUGUCCAGCGGUCAGGUGACAUCAUUUCCUCUGUUUGGCAGCCAUUACAGCAGUCAGGUGAUGAACUGAACAGACUCUUAUUUUGAAACCAGAGAGGCGAUGAAUUAUUCUCUUUGUACGCCAUCGUUACGGUGACAUCACUCGGCGUCGUGACUUGGAGACUCGGUGUGUUGAACAUGUCGUUGACGUCGCAGGUUCAAGCCCGAGUCUCCUGUCGGCUCGUUGGUGUGAAACAUUUUAAUAUUUUAAUAAUAAUUUAAAAAAAAUAAAAAAAACUGACGAAUCUUC